AUGAACAGUACAACAUGCCAGUUCUGGGGGGUACUUUUCUUGGCUUUGCUAUAUUGUGUCAAUGCGAGUGUACUUAACAAUGAGAUAGAUUCUCUGGUGUGUUUCAAAGAUGGCUUUCUGUUCGGCGUCGCCACAGCCGCAUACCAAAUUGAAGGGGCUUGGAAUGUAUCUGGUAAAGGUGUGAGUAUAUGGGAUAAAUUGACGCAUGAGCAACCUGAGAAAAUAUUUGAUCAUUCGAACGGUGAUAUCGCUGACGGAUCCUAUUACAAGGUGAAGGAAGAUGUCAGGCUUAUCAAGGAGUUGGGUGUAAGCCUCUAUAGGUUCUCUGUGUCAUGGCCGAGGAUUUUACCUAAUGGACUGAGCUAUAAGAUUAACGAAGACGGCAUCAGAUAUUACAACGAGGUGAUUGACGAGUUAAUUCGCAAUAACAUCACGCCGGCCAUUACAAUCUUCCAUUGGGACUUGCCGCAGUAUCUACGAGACAUGGGCGGGUGGACCAAUGCACUUAUGGCGGAUUUCAUGGUUGAGUAUUCUCGGAUUCUUUUCGAAAAUUUCGGCGACCGAGUCAAGAUCUGGAUGACUUUCAACGAGCCGUUAACAUUCUGCCAGUUAAGCGACUACGCUGGUGCGGACAACCCGGAAGGCAGUGGUAUUAAAUCGUAUUUAUGUGGCCACAACGUCAUCAGGGCUCAUGGGAUGGUAUACCGCAUGUUUGAAGAGGAGUAUCGACCUAAAAUUGGAGGUGAAAUGGGCAUCGUGUUAUCAUAUGCUUGGGAAGAACCUUAUUCUGAUUCUGAAGAGGAUCAGGCUGCUGCUGAAAGAGCCAGAAAUUUCCAAUUCGGUUGGUUCGCCCACCCAAUAUUCUCGGAAGCUGGAGACUAUCCUCCAAUAAUGCGAAGCGUGGUAGACAAAAACUCCAAGGAACAGGGAUUUCCUAGCUCAAGACUACCAUCGUUCACUCCAGGAGAGGUGAAAAUGAUUAAGGGAUCUGCCGACUUCUUGGGCCUGAACCACUACACGACAAGAUUGGUACAGCAAGUACCUAAGAAUAACUCUAACCCAACUUCUGAGAAUGAUAUAAAUGUCAAGCAGAUUAUCGAUGAGAAAUGGCCUAAGACUGGUUCGUCAUGGUUGAGUGUUGUGCCUUGGGGCUUCAGAAAAACCUUGAACUGGCUGAAACUUGCGUACAAUAAUCCCAAGAUCCUGGUGACCGAGAAUGGCAUGUCAACUGGACCUGGUCUAGACGACAAGAACCGCAUAGAAUACAUUGAUGGAUACCUGCGAUCCCUACAUGACGCUGUUUAUGAAGAUGGGUGCAAUGUUGUAGGCUACACUUACUGGAGUUUGAUGGACAACUUUGAAUGGAAGCGUGGUUACUCUGAGCGUUUCGGUCUGUACGAAGUGGACUACGAGUCGCCGAACUUGACCAGAACGCCGCGUCUUUCUGCGAAGUACUACACCAGUGUUGCCAAGACUGGCUGUCUGCCUGACAGCUUGGCUGACCUUGAGUUAUAAUCAUGAAGACGUAGAUAAAACCAAUGGAUAAUCGAAG